AACAGCAUCACUCGAGUAUGAAACACGUGGUUCUCCAAAAAACACUCUACCUGCAGCCUCAUCAACCACCAGCGGUAUGAAACCAACCUCAACGUCAACUAAAACAGAGGUUUUUGCAACCACAAGUCAGAUAGAGAAAAUGUCCUCUACAUCGAUGUUGAGUUCUACCAUUUCAACAACCGAGCAAGAGAGUUCAGGAGAAAAUAGAUCUGAGGAUUCAGUUGCAGACAUUAUAGCUCCAACAGCCUCCUCAUUGUUUAGCACAGAGCAACCAACAUUACCAGUCACCAUGUUCUCUACAACCUCCCACGUUACAGCUAAAUCUUCAGUUGACAGCACCGAGGCCCCAAUAGAUAUUAUAACAACAAAGAUUAACACAUUCCAGCCUGAUCGACAUUCAUCGACCCAAUCCUCACUGCUGUUUGAAACAGAGGAGUCUUCAUUUGAAACUAUGACAGUAUCAGUACCUGACUCUGGACGUGGUGAUUCUAUUGAAGUUGAUUACACGUCUCCAUUUUCAGAUGUAACUUCCCAAGAAACAACAGGUACUGAGGGACCCUCUGUGCAAACAACAACAUUAAUCACCCCCACUUUUAAACCAUUAAUUACAGCCACAUUUGUCAAGGACAAAAUUGCUGUUACUAAAGAAUUUUUAAGCGUCACAAAUUCCAAUACAAUCAAAGCCUUGCAACCCAUUGUAAUCCCUAGUGUCACAGUGUUUACCUCAAAGGAAACCUCUACCUUCAUUGACAGCGAGAAUUCAGGUGACUCACAUGAAGGGUAUGAUUUUGAGUCAAGUACAGAUGGAUCUGGUGCAGAGGGAUCAGUUGAUACUGUCAAAGAAUUUGUUGUGAACACAGAAGAGACUGAAAUAUAUGAGAAUGGCAGAACAUCAGGCAUGCUAAACACUGUAUCCUCGACCCUUGCCAGUACACUGCUUACUAAGGAAUUCAUGUCAUCAACCCAAUCACCGCAUAUGACAAGCACUAAAAAUUCCAUUAGUGAACAGGGUAGUGGAGUCUUCCCAGAUGACACUGCAGACGAGGUAGAAAGUGCAGAUAUAGAUUUUUCAAAUGGGUCAACUGCAUUUGUACCAGUCACAAGUACUUCUACUAUUUUUACCACACAGAAACCUAAAACAACAGCAUCACAUGAAGAUGGUAUAUCUGAUAUUCAAAACUCUGUUAUAACUGCUUCUUCUGUCUACAACAGUGAGAUGCCAAAUAUGACUGUGGCAUAUGCAGUCACACCUAUCCAGUCAGUUAGCACAUCUAUAUCUGCAACUGAAAUAUCAACCACUAUUCCAGGCCCUACUUUUACAGUAGGAAAGAGCUUGGUUCACCAAACUACUGAGAUUUUUACUGCAAAGCCAUCAGUGGAAGAGAACACCUCAUUUGGAGAAGCAACUGGUGAAACUGAAACCAUAGUUUCUAUUAUCCCAACCUCUGAUGAGAAUAUUUCUUUACAGGAGGCUAUAAGUACUAUGGAUACUGAGAGCCCCAUUACUUCUGACAUGACAGAGGCUACUGUUUUGAAAACGGGUAAAAAUGACGGUAUUGUAGCUGAUCAUAUAAUGCAAUCGCCCUAUACAACUAUGUCCCCCCUUACAACCGAAGCUUCAGUUAGUGAACACCCUAGUGACUUCAUCAACAUAAGUUCCAGCAGCAAACAGAAGCAAGAUGGAUUCACAGGAAUGUCCACCCCAAUACCCUCAAUUGUAUAUCAUAGUGUAACAGACCAACAGGUUAUGAUCAUUACCCCCAGUGGCAGCCAUGCAAAGACUGACUUAUCUGAACAAACACCCACCAUGGUCCUGCAUGUGUCUAAACCAUCAACAAGCAAAAGCAUCAUAUUUACAGAGGAAGCAAAAAAUGAAGGUGACCUAUUCUCAACAGUUACCGGCACUAUAACGCAAGGUAGCCCCACUCCAGAGCUUGUCAUCAAGGAUAAUACUAUGAUUGAUGCAGAUACUAUGGUCAUAGUUCCAUCUUCUUCAUUUUACCCCACUAUCCAGAGAGAGGAAGCUGGAGGUGUCACAGCAGUUACAAUGACACAAACGUUUAUUGUAACAGAAGAACCAGAGGGUUCAGGGACUGAUAAAGCUGGUCCUACACCAGUAACUUUAAAUGCAAGUCCAGCAAUGGAUUUGUCAUUAGGAUCAACAUCAACAUCCUCUAAAUAUUUACUGUCCACCACAAAACCAUCCACUGUUUCUAGUAUGGAGACAUCCAGUGAAGAGACAAUCACACUGCAGGCCACCCCAACUACUGCUGUGUCUACAAACUCAAGCUCUGAUUCUACUACACCACAGAGAGUUUUCCCUGUUGAGACGAGUACCAAACCAGGACCGGUUGAUUUAUCACACGAGGACACUGAUGAUGGCACUAAGUCUGUCACUGAGCUCACCACUUCCUCAUCUUUUCCUUCUCAAACCUUAAUGGAAAAAUUAGACACAAGCUCAGUUACUCUGGUGUCCAGUGAAGAGUAUAUGGUCAGCACAGCUAAAAGAGAAAAAUCCAUGUCCUCUCCAUCCACAGCCAUAUCAGCCCCACUGUUCACCACACAAACCCCCCUCACAAUGACACAAGAGGAAGAAACCGAAAAGAGUGAGAUAACCUCAGAGACAGAGAAAGCAUCAUCAUCUGUAAAAGCUCCAUCUCAUUUUGAUGGCACAACAUCAGCCCCAGCCCAUGAACUAAACUCAAAGGACCAAAUCACUUCUAACAAAACAUUUAUUUCUACAUCACCAGUUGUUUUUUCACAAAGCACUGCAAAGCCUGAUGUCAUGGUUCAGUUUGUCACCACCUUUGUUCCAGAACCAGAUACUACACCAUCUGAGUUGUUCCAACAAGCCAGAUCGGAGAUCACAUUCACUCUUCAUCCCAACAUUAACGUCAAUGAGAAAAAUGUCUUGUCAACAACCAACCCAAUGGUACACAGCGAGGAGACAAGCAUGCAUGUGAACCCUAAUGAUUUAACUACCCAUAUCGGAGUUGAAACCCUGUCAGAAGAAAAAAAGACAGCUGAGGCACCAAGCCAAGCACCUGUAACUAUAGAAGAUUCAACUUAUGCUGAAGGUAGCACAAACAAAGGCAGUGAGGUCCUUAAAACAUCAACUGAUGUGGCAAAACCUUCAAAAACAACAGAUGUAUCAGAAUAUUCCAAAGGAACAUUGCUUCCUGGGGUUGAAUACAUUACUCCAAAACUUGAAAAUUACAACUUGACUAAGAAAGAAGAAACUGCUGCUGUUGUGCCUUCAUCUUCUACAGACGUAGGCUCAGCUGAAACCUCUUCAGAAACUUCCGUUGAACCAUCAUGGAAGACAACAACAAUUCCAAUCUCCAUGGAAGCUAAAGUCAUUCCAGCAUCAACCGUGUCAAGUGGUAUAAGGCUUGAAGCAACUCCAGAUACAGAACUUUCCUCUGAAGACUAUGAUAUGGAUAACCCCCCAGAUUAUGACUCACCAAACAUUUUAUUAGAAGAAACUCCACAGUUCAAUGAAAAUACAAAACCAAGAACAGAAGGAGUUUCUACUACCAUCCCACCUGUUGUUUUGCAAAGAUCUGAGAGUUAUCCUGUUGAAUCAGUGAGUAGCAUUGACAGUAGCUCAGAAGAAAAUAAAACACAGUUACCUGUAGUGGCAGCAGAAGCCAUCAAUUUGUUGCCUUCUGCCUCAGCUCCCAUCAGUGUUGCAUCCUCCUCUAGUUUGGAGAGUGGUUCAAAAAGCACCAGCAGCUCAGAAAAAAGUAUGUCCACAGCAGACACUGUUAAACUGAAUGGCAAUGAGGUUGAGAACAUUACUUCUAAACAUUUAUCUGUCACAACUAGAUCACCUUCCGAUUAUUUCAGCACUAAGUUCAGUUCUGAAAGCACAUCCGUCAGCUCUGAGAUUUUGUCUGAAGAGAUGUCAACAACAAAUGAACCAAAGCUAAACAGUAUGGAGGAACAAACUCUUUCCCCGAGUGAAAUCAAGACUGUAUACAAGAUAGAUGUUACCACAGCUUCAAAGAUGGAUUCUGUUAGUAAGGGAGAUAUAACUCAUCCCUCUGAAUUACCCAUAAGGCCUCAUACAGAGUUCACAACAACAGUGACUCAGGAACCCAGUCGGACGAUGUCGGUUGCAGACAUAGCCUCAACUCAAUCUUCUUUUUCUGAGGGGAAUAAUAAAUUGAACCAUGACAUACCUGCACUUCCAUCACUCACUGGAGAAGAAUCACCCCUGAGAACAGAGGAAACAACUGCGCAGCCGAACAUUGGAUUGGGGCACACUGUUUUUGGCGAAACUGUUGAAAUUCCAGAAGGUAACACAUGUUCUGAAAACAUUUGUCUGAAUGGAGGAUCUUGCUACCAGAGUGGAAGCAUCUACACAUGUAGCUGUGCUCCUGGGUACAGUGGUGAUCGCUGUGAAACAGAUAUUGAUGAGUGCCACUCAAACCCUUGCCUCAACGGAGGUACAUGUGUUGAUGGGCUGGCUUCCAUCACAUGUGUGUGUCUCCCUAGCUACACUGGGCUGUUUUGUGAGGAGGAUACGGAGACAUGUGACUAUGGCUGGCACAAGUUUCAGGGCCACUGCUACAAGUACUUCCCCCAAAGAAGAAACUGGGACACAGCGGAGAGAGAGUGUCGCAUGCACGGGGCUCAUCUCACCAGCAUUCUCUCCCAUGAGGAGCAACACUUUGUUAACCGUCUUGGACAGGACUAUCAAUGGAUCGGCCUGAAUGAUAAGAUGUAUGACAGUGACUUCCGCUGGACUGAUGGCAGGCCUAUGCAAUAUGAAAACUGGAGGCCCAACCAGCCUGACAGCUUCUUCUCCUCUGGCGAGGACUGUGUAGUGAUGAUAUGGCAUGAAGAUGGCCAAUGGAAUGAUGUUCCUUGCAACUACCACCUCACCUACACCUGCAAGAAGGGCACAGUGGCCUGUAGCCAGCCUCCUCUUGUGGAGAAUGCACGCACCUUUGGAAAGAAGCGUGAGAGAUAUGAGAUCAACUCACUGGUGAGGUACCAGUGCCGGACAGGCUUUAUUCAGAGACAUGUCCCAACUAUCCGUUGUCGUGGGAAUGGUCAGUGGGAUGACCCUAAAAUCAGCUGUAUGAACCCAUCGAGCUAUCAGAGGACUUUUAUCAGAAGACAUCAACAUAAUAGUCUCUACAGCAUCAACAACUUCAAGAGAUGGCCAGAUGAGGCCUUCCGCUUACAGCUUUACAGAGGAAGGAGAGAUAGAACUCAACAUAGGCGGAAGAGACACUGAGUGCCAAUAAACAUGGAACAGCUUCAUUGAAACGAGGACACAAAGUUGAUGCUUGUGUGAAAAGAGAAAAAGGAUUUCAAAGGAAAAGCACAAGAGAAAACUCACAAAAGAAACCAAAUGGAUCUGCAGUUUUCUUGCAUCUUGGAUGACGAUGGAACUUUAUGAAGUGCCUUUUAGUAAAAAAAAAAAUAUAUAUUGAUACUUUUGAUGACUUUUCUUCUCACGGGGCAGUGCAGUGCCAAUGAGGAUCAAAUACUUUCAGCUGGCUACUGGAAAAAAAAUAAUUCUUUUUUCUUUCUGCAGAGUUCCUUUUCUGUCCUUUGCUCAUCAAGAAAUACAACCAUGAUUGUUGUCUAAUAUCUUUGUACUUUGACUGUGCUAUUUAAAGUCAUCAUAACUGUUCAUAGUCCUAGAGAAAAAGGUUGUGAAAUUAUAGCGCUUAUUUUAUGUAAAGAAACUCAUUGUGUUGUUUGCUGUUUUAAGCUGAACUCUCUUUAACUGUCAUGGUCAUGCAUGCAAAUGUCUAUUGAAGUCCUAAUUUUUCCAACUGUUUAUUCUAUGUCAAGAGAUUCAGUUAUGGCAUCUGAAAACACAAAGAGGCAUCAGUGGCAGUGAUGGAUUAUGCAAAGACUCACAGUUUACAUUUGCCUUUUUUUUUAUUUUCUACAGCCUAUCAAACUGCACACCUUAAUGUCUUCCUCUCUCUAGUUUAAGCCUCAUCAGCAGAGAUGGAAAUCCAUUUUUUCUGGAUCAUUGUUUCAUAGCUUUUUUGGUGAAAGUUAUUCACAUUCCAGACCCGAACACAUUGAAGUCUUGGGAAGUCUCACCAAAUCACUCAGUUUAUUAUUGUAGAUUGGCAGCUCUGGAAGUCCAAAUAACAUCUCUUAUACGAUCACCUAAUCAAAGUUUUGCCAAUGGAUGAAUGUUCAAUGAUAGAUUCCUAUAAACACGAUCUAAAAUUUAUUGAUAUAACUUUGUAGGAUUUUUUAGCAAUCAAACACGAGAUAAGCCUCUAUCGUCAAAUAAAAAAAGAUGUCUGUCUUUUUUUUUUUAUAAAAGAAGGGAUGUGUGGCUCAAGAAGCCUGUGUUUUAUGCUUUUGUAUGUUCCGUGCAUAACUUAAAACUAGUUUCUACAGCAUGUUUACAACACAUGUAAUGCUGUUUUUUUUAUUAAUGAAUCAAAGAGUCUUGCUCUCGUCUAAUGCUCUUUGGCUUAUGAUGGUUUUCUUCUUCUGCAAACUUUACAUAUCUGUUAUUGUAGUUAAUUGGAAUCAAGCAGUGAGAGAAUGUAUUUUGUGAAACAAAACCAAAAGACUUGAACGUAAGGCCUGUUUUGGCAAGGAUGCAUAUAAUUUAUUUUCAAGCUGCUCUUCAUCUCCUCAGUUGGAUAAUACUCACAUUUAAAAUAUGAUGCUGUCAACUGGCCCAGCAGUGCUCUUCACGUAUUUUUUUAUUGUAUGCACAACAGGAGACCAGCCACGGUCACAGACUGGUUGAAAGGGAAGAUGAUACGAUGGAUUUAUGUAUUUUUACACCUUUAAUGCCAACAGUGGACCAAAGAAUAUAGAGGGCCCAAUUGGCUGCAAUAAUUCUCUGUUACUUUAACUUUUUUUUAAAUUGUGGAUGGUUAUGUAUGUCUCCUGUUUGUUUGUUUGUUUUUUGAUCGAAAAAUGAUUUCGCUCUGCCUGUGAAUGUCUAUGUGUGUGUUUAAGCCUCAAUGUGCAUAUAAUAUCAUUUUAUAUUUAUAACAGUUUUUAUUUUAAAAUGUGAAUGUUUGGGAUUUUUUGAUAAGAUAAACUGUAUUUUCCUGCUUAAAAUCACCAAAGAAAUAAAAUAAAUAUAUUGAUAUGAUAUACAAAUCAUA